CUAAUAAAAGUCUUGAGUUGUAUUAAGCAUACAUAUUAAGAACCAAAAUAGUUCAACCCUAUACAUUAAGGACAAUUUUGAUCUUUAUUUUCCUCGCCUUUUCCAACUAUUCUAAUCAAAGCUACUACCUGAAAUGGUUCAUUUCUAUGUUUUAUAAACUUUAAGGUGCUCAAGAAAACAAAAAAGUUAUUUAAGGUGUCAAAGUAUGAAAAUCCAUGAAAGCUCCUACACUCUUUGACUCUUUUUUCUCGCAGUUUUAGAGAAUCAAAGGAAAGAGGAAGGAGAAGAUGAUGCGAACGAGGUUGCUAUGGUUCACAAUAGGUCUCACUUCUGUUUCAGCUACUAUGACUCACUUCAUAUUCAAAGAUCUAUGGGCUGAUCGAUUCUCUCUUUCUUCCCAAUUGAAGGAGAAAUGUAGCGUCUUGGAGACUAGAGUUUCCAGUCUUGAAGUGCUUCGUGGUAGUCCCAAUCCUCAGCAGGUCUUGGACCCUCUUUGCAACCAUUGAAGGGGAGCCUUGGAACAACGGAUGAAGGGAACUAAAGCACCAUCUUCAGAUUGUUGCAUCUACAUGGCCGGACAUUGUUUCUUGAUUAUGUAUCUUUGCGAUGUCUGAUAUCUGCAAGAUAAUCUGUAAUAGAGAACAUAAAAUUUGAUGUUUUCAUUUGGUGGUACAAAUUUGUAGUCUCGCAAUCCAGUUGCAGUCAAGCACUCCCCUCCUCCCAAAUCCACCAAAAGAAAAAAUAUUUCUGAUCAAUUGAAAGGGUGUUCCCUCAAGUUUAUGAUGUUUUCUAAAGAUUUUAACAUGUUUCUGAACUCGUAGUCACAUUAUUUGAAUUGCAGAGAGCAAAAUGUCGCCUCUAGUUAUUUAUUUA